CACUCUUUCACAUUCUGAUUCGAGAAAAGCAAGAAUAUUCCCAAUUUCUAUCACCAAAAAACGAUGAUCAAUCCACACGUCUUUGCAGGGCACGGAGACUGUCCGUUGGUGAUCUUUUCCCAUUUUCGGCAAAUGGCCGUAUGGCUGUCGAAACAAUGUCACUAACUAACUAGAACCCCGUCCCCGCUGACAAAGCGGAAACCAUUGAGGUAACUAGAUAACUACAACAAAUUGAGGUUAAACUACCGUCUCCAGGCUUGAAAAUUCUCCCUUCGUGCGACUUUGAGUUUUGGGAAGACGUGUGUUCGGAAUUACGGGCUUAGUGAUCUGUACAUCGAUGACCGGAUGAUUGCUAAUGGCGAGAGCAAUAGUUUCGUUGCAAUGUGGGGUUCUCGUUUUCGACUUGGGCAUAUAAAGGCCCCGAGAUAAACAAGGAAGACCUCCAUGGUCCAUAGACAACACAUCCCUAAAACAUACUUCACAUUACAAUGUCUCCCCAUCCAUCGCUCCCAGUAGGUUCCAAGCUCUGGCUUCUCGACCUAGGAACUCUGGAUAUCGACGCCUCGUAUGUCCUCUCUGGUGCCAACGUCCCGAAAAGCAACCAACCGUCCCAAAUUCAUGACACUCGCCAAUGUCUCAUGAUAGCUGCCCUCCUCUACCACCCAGACGUAGGCCUCAUACUCUUUGACACAGGCGCCUGCGAAGAUAUAAUCAACUCCUGGGACAAAGAAUUCCUGGAGUGUGCGCCCCGUACAUGGGUGAAGGACAUCCACUCGCUUCCAGCUGCAGUGAAGGCCACGGGGGCCGGAGACAUCACGGAUAUCAAGGCAGUGGUGAUGAGCCACUUACACCUAGACCACGCUGGCGGGCUGGAACAUUUCUUCGGGACAGCAAAGAAGUGCAAAAUGUUAACCUUUUCUAUAGAUGUAGAGAUCUGGUGUCACGAAAAAGAACUCAAAAACGCCUUCUGGGUCUCUGCCACAGGCCACGAUGAUGGACUAUUCCGGCCAGAUUACCUACGGGCUGACCUACUGAACUGGAAGACGGUGUCCGAGCAGGUUGUUGAGCUCUGGCCCGGGGUCACGAUACAUAUGUGUCCGGGGCAUACUGAGGGAUUCCUGGUGGUUGAGCUUAAGUUUCAGGUGACUGGGACUGUGGUGCUGACAGGGGACCUGUUCCAUGUGAAAGAGAAUUAUGAGGAUGGACAACCGCAGGGCUUUCUGAUGAGGGACUAUAAUACGUGGCAUCGGAGUAGGGAUUACGUGAGAAGGCUGGUGCGGCAGACAAAUGCGAAGGUUUGUCUUGGUCAUGAGAAGAGUUAUUUUGACGAGUUUGUCAAGAGUCCGGAGUAUUUGGUUUAG